CACUGCUGUGUUGUAAACAGACGGUGUUCACAGACUGACCUCCGCUCCGGGCGGAUCCGACUAGAACCAGGACUGACUACUGAAACCCGCGAUGCACUGAGUGAGUAUCACCCAGCAAAGAAGAGGGAGCACGACCACUGUAUUCUCCUCGAAGUCAGACAACAAGGUCCUCUCCUGUGUCCACAAUGACCACCCUUGAGGACAGUGACAUGAACACCUUUGGCCCGGAGCUGCCGGCCAUGUUUGAUGGUGUGAAGCUGGCAGCGGUGGCGACUGUGCUCUACAUCAUCGUCCGCUGUCUGAACUUGAAGAGUACCACAGCAGCACCAGAGAUCAUCCACCAGGAUACACUGCUCAACCGUUACCUGCUUAAAUCCUGCCCACUGCUGACCAAAGAAUACAUUCCUCCCCUGUUGUGGGGCAAGAGUGGACAUGUCCAGACGGUCCUGUACGGCAAGAUGGGGCGUGUCAACACUCCAACGCCCUGCGGGGUCCGCAAGUUUCUCCCCAUGCCGGACGGGGCCACGGCGACCUUUGAUCUUUUUGAACCUCGUGGAGACCACAGCACAGGAGAUGACAUUACCAUGGUAAUCUGCCCUGGGAUCGGUAACCAUAGCGAGAAGAACUACAUUCGGACCUUUGUGGAUCACUCCCAGAGGCAGGGUUACCGCUGCGCCGUCCUCAACCACCUGGGAGCCCUGCCCAACGUGGAGCUCACCUCGCCGCGCAUGUUCACCUACGGCUGUACCUGGGAGUAUGCGGCCAUGGUGGGCGCCAUCAAACGAGCUUUUCCUCAGACACAACUGGUGGUUGUGGGCUUCAGUCUGGGGGGAAACAUCGUCUGUAAGUUCCUGGGUGAGAACAGAUCCAACCAGGACCGAGUGCUGUGCUGUAUCACCGUCUGUCAGGGUUACAGCGCGCUCAGGGCCCAGGAAACAUUCCUUCAGUGGGAUCAGUGCCGGAGGCUCUACAACUUUGUGCUGGCGGACAACAUGAAGAAGCUCAUCCUGUCACACAGGAGCACUUUGCUCAGCCUGAACUCCAGCCACAUCAGUGAAGCAGACGUAAGCAGACUGUACGCAGCCACGUCCCUGACGCAGAUCGACGACAGCAUCAUGAGAAAAUUUCACGGCUACAACUCGUUGAAGGAGUACUACGAGCAGGAGAGCUGUGUGCAGUACAUUAAGAACGUCACCGUCCCUCUCCUGCUGGUCAACUCCUCAGACGACCCACUCAUUCAUCAUUCAUUGCUGGAUAUUCCACGCACACUUGCAGAAAAGAUGCCCAAUUUGAUAUUCGUCUUGACCCAACACGGAGGCCACCUUGGCUUCUUUGAGGGAGCCGUGCUGUUCCCUCAGCCCCUCACCUGGAUGGACAAGGUCAUAGUUGAGUACACUGACUCCAUCUGCCACUGGGAGAAGAACCGACCGGCCUGCCAGAGGAGCAGCCACCAGGACAUGAACUCCUCCUGCCUGCAGAGCACAGGGGCGACAGUCAGUGGGUAACAUACUGUACACAGACGUCUGGAGACAAAACAACAGACUAAAACUACAAAGUCUUGUAUUAACUCCUGCAUUGCUGUGCUAAUGGCUUUACGGUUUAGUAAAUAAUUCUGGGAAAAGUAGGAAAUCACUGAAUGGAUAAGAAAAAGCUGAGUGGAAGUGGGUAACACCAAGCUAUAAACUGAAACCCACAUUAGACACCUGUAACAAGACCCCAUGGUGAACUGGUUCUUCCUCUUGUUCCCAGUUAACCUCCAGUGUAACACGAGUUCACCCUCUGCAGGUUUUUGGCAGCUGCUGCUUCUUGAGUCUGGAAAGCAGUGUGAUAUAAUUAGUGGGGGACAUACUGAUAUCAGAGAAUGAAUGUGACCUUUGACCUGCAUGUAGAAAGAAGAGAAAUGUUUGUUUUUCUACUUGAAUUAAAACUGAAAACUUUCCUACAAAACUUAAAUAUAAAGUCAGAUUUGGCAGCUAAAAUAAAUUAAAUCAUUCUCAAAACUGUAAGUUUAUCUUAGUGUGAAGAACACAGUCUGAAGCCUUAAACCUUUAACCAUAAUAUACUUUAAAAUAUACGUGAAAACCCACAUCAUUUAAGUUUGAAGAAUUAUAUUUAGGGUUGGGUCCCAAACUCGCAACUUUUAAGGGUGUGGACUUGCAUAACAUUAAUACUACCAAAUACCGAUCUGCGUCAAAUUGACUUGUGCCAAAUUUUAGUACCAUAAGCCCCGUUCCCACCAGACACUUUCGGUACGGUACCUUUGGAACCAAAAGUCACCCUUCAGACAUGGUACCUAGACCCUAGGUCCAUUUAGCUUUUCCACUGCAAACAGUACUCUUAAAUGUGGGCGGGGUUGUCGUUUAUCAUCCACAGAACGAAGCUACACACCGACAUUUUCAAAACAAAAUAGAACAGGCUCAGUGAGAGUCUCUCUCCAUGGGAUAUUUAAAAAUAGCGGGUUUGUGCAUUUAGUCCUUCUCAGGCAAGCUCAGGGGUUUAGUGUUGCUGGAGCCUACAGGAACAAUGCUCUGCGACACUUUUUUUCCCCUCAGAGUGAGGAUUACAAUAUAUGCAGUUCACAUAAUCCAGCUGAAAUGAAUAUAUAUUUUUAAAGGCUUGAAGAUCCACUCAUUUCUAAAAGCGUCUGUCAUCCAAGAGAGAAAAUAAAAACUAAUGCAAUGAUGAAAAUUGUCAUAUUGAAAUUUAGGGUGUGCUGAUGAAUUCGUCAAAUCAUCAAGCAAAGUGACUGUCACUACUGACCAAUCAACAGACUGCAGUGUUUUUAUCUCCACCUUUUAGUACCAGAUCUGUGUGCUAGGCGCCCCAACAGAGGGGGGUCCAAAAAUGGGGAUGGUACAUAACGGUUUCAUUGGUACCAUCCACAACUUUUCACAGAGGAAACGGAAGAAAAGCGCUCCAAACUGAACUGAAUUGUACCGCACUGCUUGUUGGAAAUGGGGCUUUUGAGUACAUUUAGGUGAAAAAGUAACUUAGAGUAUAGAGAAAGAAAGAAAGUGAGAGAGGAAGACUGUGUCACCCCUGCAGCUUGUUGAAGUCACAGUGAGUCAGGGCAACAGCAAACCAAAAGCAGUUACAUUUUUACAACUGAAACUACACUUUUGUUUGUACAGAGUGUAGAGUACCGAAAAAUGGUACCGUUAGGUAGUGGUGUUGUAUUCCGUGUUCUGGUACCGUACCGGUAUUGGUUUAAAUGUGACCGGUACCCAACCCUAAUUAAUGAUUCCAGAUUUAAACUUGUAAAGUUCAUGACCAGAUUAAGGUGCCUUAAUAUGAAUAUGAAUCUGCAACAUAUUUUGUUUUUGGGCUUGUGCUACCUCUGAUCAGCAGCAGCAUGACACGAUUUAUGGUUUACAGUAGUGAUUUUCAGCUGUUGCUCAACAUAACAUCUGUCCUGUUGAGUCAAACUGUAAAUUAAAUUUCCUUGAAGGUAUACUAUGCAGGAAUUGUCCAUUAGUGUCUAUAAAAAAAAUGGCCAGGAAAAAAUGAUUUACUGUUUGGAGCGAGCUUUGACUGCUUGACGUUGUGCCUCGUUUUUUGUCUUUUCGGCGCUCUGUCCGCAGUUUUCAUAGCUUUCUCUUGGAUGCAUGCUGCUUAUUGUCUGACACCAAGUCGCUACAUUUUUAUAAAGUCCCGACCUCACGUGCGUGCUGUUCCCAGGAACGUGCCGACCUCAGCAAAAUAAUAAAAUACAGGCAGUGUAGUCUCUGCAGAAAAAUACACCACCACACACACUUCUAGUGGGUGAUAAGUGAUGAUUGAGAGGGAUUAAUUUUAUGAGUCUAAACAGUUUUUUAGGAAAAUCCUGCAUAGUAUAUCUUUAUAUUGGUAUAAAAUGAUCUUGUUAGUUUCCAUUAAGAUAAGUCUUCAGUUUUAUUGCAGGAAAAAUGGGUUAAAUAACACCCAGUUUGGUUUAUUUGUAUAUAUUGAGGCAUAAUUUGACUCCAGUUUUGCACUUUGCAUUUCCAUUGUAUGCAGUGGACCAUCAGCCGGCACUGUUGCUGCUGACAUUCAAAAAAAGGAAUCAGGAUGUCAGGUUUUCAAAGAGAUUAUAUAAAGUUAUAUAGAGUUAUAAAAACGCAGACAGACAGCAAGAGUGAUGUUUAAUUUUCUGUGUUGUUGAAUAGAAAUGCGGUCACUUCAGAUGAGCUAGUGUCAGUAUUGUACUGCUCCAGGUCAGCUUGUCCCAUUCCAUGAAUUGCUGCAAUAGCAUGAGGAUGGUGGUCAGACGGUACAAUUUCCCUGAAUGCAGCUGUUAACUCCUAACUGCUUAUCACCAACAGAAAAGGUCCUUUCAGAAUUUAGGACACAAGAUACUUAAAAUGUCUGCAUGACUGUUGAGGACAGAGCCAGGUCAAAUUGUGUUUACAAACACUUUGAACAGAGAGGAGAGGAGAAUGCAUAUGGGACACGAACAGUGAGCGUAUUAUUUAACAAAUCCAAUUGUGGACUUUCAGUUUAUACACUUACCAAACAAAUGGACCAAAGCACUCUUCACUUUUCAACAAAAACUUUUAACUUUGUAAUUUUUAGUGAUUCUGGAGCAUUUUGGCCACAUGUAACUCCCCUAAAGACAGGGACGUGGCCUCGGCUCAAAUACAAUGGAGGUCUCAUAUCAGACAUUACUUUGAACAAGGGCUUAUUGAUACGUUUCAUAAGUGACAAAGGUUUUUUGGGGUUUCUUUUAAGCUGCUUAUUAUUGCUCCAUACCAGGUGGGUGGAGUUUGCCAUGAAAAACAAAUUAAUACAGUGAAGAGAAGAGAAAAGACUGAAAUCUUUCUUGGAUUAAAGGGACAGUUCACCACCAAAUCAAACAUAUUCUUCUGUCACCCGUAGUGCUGUUUAUCAGUCUAGAUUGUUUUGAUGUGAGCUGCAGAGUAUUGGAGGCAUCAGCCGUAGAGAUGUCUGCCUUCUCUCGAAUAUAAUUGAAUUUGUUGUCACUCAACUUGUGAUGCCCAAGGCACCAAAAAAACCCACAGAAACCUUCUGAGAAUUGAUACAGUUGGUGUCGUUUAGGAAACAGAAAAUAGUUCCCAGAUUAAACUGCUCACAACAAGGUCUGUGGAUUAUCUUGAAUAACCGGGUCAUGGUUUCUGGAAAGAGACAUUGCUGUUGAGUUCUUCCAAUGUAUUUUUGGCACUUUGAGCACCACAAGCCGAGUGCCAUCUAGUUCCAUUAUACUGGAGAGAAGGCAGACAUCUCUACAGCCCAUAUCUCUAGCACCAGGCAACCCACACCAGAACAGUUUAGGUUGAUAGAAAGCGCUACAGGUUAGAGGAAAAAUACAUAGUUUGGAUUGACGUACCUUGGAUUCAGGAGGAGCAAAGCAGAUUCCGUCCUGGCUGUGGAACAGUGGACCAGCUCUUUACCCUUGCAGGGCUGGCGAAGGGGUCAUGGGAGUUUGCCCAUCCAGUCCACAUGUGCUUUGUGGGCUUGGAGAAGGCUUACGACCGCGUCCCAAGGGUCUUGUGGAGGCUACUCUUGGAAUAUAGCGUACCAGGGUCGCUGCCAUGAGCCAUCCAGUCCUUGUAUAACUAAAAUGAGAGCUGUGUCCACAUACUCGGCACAGAGUCAAAUACGUUCUCAAUGGGUGUUGGCCUCCGCCAGGGUUGUCCCUUGUCUCUGAUUCUAUUGAUGAUAUUCAUGGACAGAAUCUCAAGGCGCAGCCGGGGGGAGGAAGGAGUCUGGUUUGGUGACCUCAGAGUUGUAUCUCUGCUUUUUGCAGAUGAUGUGGUUCUGUUGGAUUCAUCACACCUUGACCUCCAGCAUGCACUCUGGCAGUUUGCAGCCAGGUGUGAAGCGGUCAGGACAAGAGUCAGCACCUCCAAGUCUGAGGCCAUGAUUCACUGCAGGAAAAUAGUGAAUUGCUGCUUCUGGGUUGGGAGUGAGUUACUGCCCCCAGUGAGGGAGUUUAAGUAUCUCGGGGUCUUGUCCGGCUGUGCCGGACUGUUGUGGUGAAGAGGUAGCUGAGCCGGAAGGUAAAGCUUUUGAUUUACUGGUCUAGAGCCGCUGCUCCUUCACAUCAAAAGGGGUUGGUUGAGGUGGUUCAAGCAUCUGAUCAGGAUCCUCCUGGGCACCUUCCGUUGGAGGUGUUCUGGGCAUGUCCAAUGGUAGGAGGCCCCGGGGCAGACCCAGAACUUGCUGGAGGGAUUACAUAUCUCGUCUGGCCUGGGAACGCUUUGGGGUCCCCCAGGAGGAGCUAGACGGUUUGGAUAAGCGGUUGAAAAUGGAUUGAUGGAUUUUGGGGUGAACUGUCCCUUUAUAAAACAGAAGACAUAGGAAAACUGCCACACAAACUUACCUCUGUUAUGUCUCAUGAUACAGUAUAUUUCCAUAAGAAACGUUUUGACAAAGGUCUCAAACACUGAGAAAUUCAGAAUUUUAUGUGCAGAAAUAUUUUGUUUCCUGUGGUUUAUUCUGGGCCUCCAGUCGAAUAUGAGUCAGUUUCCUGUGAGUAACAUCCUGUCAGACGCUGUAAAUAAAUGCAGAGAACUCCACCCAAGUUCAUGCAAGUCUUAUUAAUCAACAUUUAAACCAUCAUGUUUAAUACAACUUUCUGUAAUUAUAAAGCCUAAUAUAACCUGCAGCAGCACCACUUCUGUGUCUGUAUGUGCAAUAUGUCCUGACUGUUUGAUAUAUGGGCUGCUUUUCUUGCACUUUACUGUCUUUACAGUUCUUAUUGUUCUGUUUGGGAAUAUAGUGGGUGUAACAUUUAUAAUCUAAUCUUAAUGUUUUGUUCUGAUAUGGUGCACAGUCAUGACUGAUUAGUAAUAUUUGAACUCACCCAUUAAUAAAUAUUUUUCACAUAAA